AUGCCACGCCAAAACACUAUCCGCGCGCCGACUACCGCCAGUCUCCCCAACAAUCUGCGCAUCCCCUCCACGACCCCAUCCCUCGUCAAGGCGCUCGGAAAGCUCUCGCGCCAGUCCCUCCUCGACCUCGUCUUCCAAUGGCUCGACGACCGAAACGUCAAAUUCUUUCCUCCAUUUCUUGAAAGUGACGAGACCAAGACCGACUCCCCCGAUGAUGAAGGCCUCCGCCCAUACCCAGCCGAGCGCACCCUCAACGACGUCCGCAACGCCUAUCAGGAACUGCAAUUCCGCAAAGGCGGGAAACGCGAGGUCAUCGAUCGCAUUCUGGAUGGGGACUGGAGACACGGAAUUACACUGCGACAACUCGCAAUGGUCGACAUCCGCUAUCUAGACGACCACCCAUCGAGUUCCCGCUGGACGGCCCUCGAACUUGCGCGCAUUGGCGUCUCCCUCCCAAACGCAGACACAGACUUCUCAGCCUGCAUGCCCCGUGUCCACGCCUCAACCUUCCUCACAACCCUCCAACACCAAAUCUCCCCGCUCGUCAAAGCACACUUCUACCUCUCGCGCUCGUCAACCCUCCCACUCACCUUCCUCCGCAUCUUCGUCACGCACUCGCCAUACCAGAACCCGCGCCAGGCGCCCGAGACACUAACGGACUCGACGCGUGUCAUGUACGUCGCGUUCCCGGAUAGCUGUCCAUAUAUCUACACGUCUCUGGCGCCAACAACGGCGACGGGCGCGAAACCGAGUGCGGCGUCUGCCGUUGCGACGGAUGCGCGGAGUCUCCAGCGUAUUGUCCGUGAUGCUGUACCGAAGGCGCUCUCGCUCCCGCACCAGCGGUAUACGUUGAAAACAACGUCGCUUACGGCGAAGAGCCUCCAGGCACUCCUCACCCUCCGGGGCUCGGGUCGCUCGAAUAAGGCUGCCGGCGCGUUUAGUAUUUUCGCGGAUGCGGUUAUCGAGGGGAGCCCGCUUGACCCGCGACCAUCGAACACCGUCACGCCAGAAGAACACUACAAACAAUCGAAGCCACAUAACGAUGUCGACCCCGAAAAAGAGAACAAUUCACUCAACACAGAAAAGGAAGCAGACCCCUCAUCCACAACUCAGAACUCAAAACUCCUCCGCUGCAGAGACACAUCAGACCUCGACCCUCGCGCGGCAAAGAAACGCAAAAUGGCUGUGAACACCCGCUUCGGGACAUCAGGCACACGACUCUCUUCCGCACCACUUGACCGCCUCGACGCGCGACUUCUCGAUUCACCCAACCCGUCUCCGUCAUCAGACGCAGCUGAUGAUGCCAGUGCCACUCAUGAAUCCCGACCGAGUCUCUCCCUUACUUUCUCCGGAACGGAUGUUAUAGCUGGUAUUCGCAAACUCGCGGAACUAGGAAUUGUCAAUGCGGAGCGGAUGCCGGCGUGGAUGACCGGGGAGGACGCGAUUAGUGUUGCAGUUGUGAAGAGGGGGAAGGUGAUUAGGGAUUCUGGGUGA